AUGUCCAAUUUCGUCGCUGGCAGUGAAGAAGAAAACAAUUUAAAUCAAGAUGAAAGUAAACUUACCGCUGACGAGACUGACAUCUUCAAAGAUUACUCGAACAAAGAGCUUCAUGACUUGAUCGAUCAAACAAAAACGGAAUUUGACAAAGUUGAUACGGAAAAUCGAAUGUUUCUCUCGUACAUUGGGUUUGAGGACCCAAAUUUAGCACUUCAAGUAGCGACAGGGAUGCAAAAACUCCCGCAAGAUAUCUACGAUUUGGCGGUUAGUAACAAUACUUUCGACUCGACUUCAUGGAUGGAUGGAAGUUCGAUCAUCGAAUCAAUUUACAGCCGAAAAUCCAAGAAAAGUUUGUCGAUUUUUUCGCGUGGCUCGCAGAAAUCCAUGCAAACAGGAACUUCCGAAGCUUCAGGAUAUCAAAAAACUCUUGAACAGCUAAGUCCCUUGAUGAAAAUCGAAAUGGCUGAAAAAGCGAUAAAAGAAAAAACGGAAAAUAUUAAAAAAAUUUUGAAUGAAAGUUCAGGAAAAAUUCAUCAACUUACCUGUGAAGCGAAAGAAAUUCAAGCUACAAUUUCAGAAAUUCAACAAAAAAAAUUAAAAUUCCAAAAAGAAAUUUUACUCGAAGGAAUCGAUCCAAUUACAGGAAGAAUUCCUUCCGAAACUUUUUUGAAAUUUAUUCGUUCGAAAAUCAAACAAGACUCAACUCUUCUCGACAAAUUGAGACUUCGUACAAGUUCAUUGAAGCAAACGGCAAAAACAGCAAAUUCCAAACUCGCAACGAAAAAACAACUCGUUGGAAUUUUGAGACCAGUUGAUUUCGAACAACUUAAAAUCGAUAAAAAUACGUUAACGAAACUCCUGAAGGAGAAGGACUCGCAGUUUUAUGGCUUGAAACAAGUAAAUGGACAAAUAUCGUUGGCGUGUGCGACACAAAAGAAGGCAUUGGACAAGAAAUUAGCUCGCGUCGAAGAAUUAAAGGCACGAAAAACGUUGCUUUUCAAGUCGAUUGAAAGAUUGUGCCGAGAAAAAUCCGUGCUAAAGCAAAAAAUUGACGAAGUAAGGGAAGAAAUUGGAAAGUUGGAGUACAAAAUGGAGCAUUAUAGCACGCCAAGUGUAACGGAUUACUGCAAUCAAAAGGAAAAGUUAAUGGAAUUGGAGCGAAUGAACAAGAAAUUGAGACGCGAGACGAAAAAUCGUCGCUCGAAAGAAAAUGCUUUAAAUUAA